CAGCCAGGGCAGUUGAAGCGAGUUCAAAACGUGAUCAUUUCUGCAAUGUGGAUGCCGCCUUGUGAUCUCAGCCAGGAGGCUCCUUGGGAGGUCUCAGCUGUGCGAUCGCGAUCUCUCUGCGGUGCUCUUCGGGGGUCCCUCUUGCUGGCAAUGGCUUUGUUGGGAGGGCAAUCGCGGAGCCAAAGGCGCUGGGAGCUGUCCGCCGUCCCUUGGUGCUGAAUCGCUUCCCUCUCUCUCCAGCUUUCGGAGCGCAGGGCUGGGCUGAGCGGAGGCGGGCGAAGCUUGUGGGGAGAGCGCCCUCUAUGGGCCGAAGGGGAAGCCAGGCGGAGAGGUCGCCCAAGCCAACGGCGGAGAAGCCCAAGGGGAGCCAAGGAGGGAGGGAAGGAGGGAGGGCCUCCUCCGCGCUGGUUGGCAGCAGCAGCAGCAGCAGCACGCCCCGCAUCCCUGCCCUCUCCGUGCGCCCGCUGAGCGGAUGGGGACGAGGGUGCCCCGGGGAAGCGCCUCCCUCCUCGCCUGGUCCGCCCUCCUCCCUACUGGGCCGCUGGAGUGACCGCCUUCAGCAUCUGGAUGGCCACCUCUCCGCCUUCUCUGCCGAAGAGGGACCCGGGAAGGGCAUGGCAGGGCAUGGCUUGGCAUGGCGAGUGAGCUCAUGGCCCAGAAGAUGGAAUUGAACUGAAGCCAAGUGGUGGUUUUUUGGGGGAUAAAAAAGAACAACCUUAAUUCAUCCAGAGCUCUGAUUCAUCAUGGCAGCAGGUGUAGCAGCAUGGCUGCCCUUUGCCAGAGCAGCUGCCAUAGGAUGGAUGCCAGUAGCCAACUGUCCCAUGCCACUAGCCCCGACAGAUAAAAAUAGACGGCAGGAUGAGCUGAUAAUUCUUAAUGUGAGUGGUAGACGCUUCCAGACAUGGAGGACUACAUUGGAAAGGUAUCCUGACACGCUCCUUGGCAGCACGGAAAAAGAGUUCUUCUUCAAUGAAGACACUAAGGAAUACUUUUUUGACCGGGAUCCUGAUGUAUUUAGGUGUAUAUUAAACUUUUACAGAACUGGCAAACUGCACUACCCAAGGUAUGAGUGCAUCUCAGCCUAUGAUGAGGAGCUUGCCUUCUAUGGGAUCCUACCCGAUAUCAUUGGGGAUUGCUGCUACGAAGAAUACAAAGACAGGAAACGGGAAAAUGCUGAACGGUUGAUGGAUGACAGUGACUCCGAGAACAACCAAGAAUCUAUGCCAGCCUUGAGCUUCCGGCAGACCAUGUGGCGAGCUUUUGAGAAUCCCCAUACCAGCACUAUGGCCUUAGUCUUUUACUAUGUCACUGGCUUCUUCAUCGCUGUUUCUGUGAUCACCAAUGUGGUGGAGACUGUACCAUGUGGCACAGUCCCUGGCAACAAGGAACUGCCAUGCGGGGAGAGAUAUGAAAUGGCUUUUUUCUGCUUGGACACAGCUUGUGUUAUGAUUUUUACUGUUGAAUAUCUUAUGCGACUCUUUGCAGCCCCAAGUCGCUAUAGAUUCAUCAGGAGUGUGAUGAGCAUCAUUGAUGUAGUGGCCAUUAUGCCCUACUACAUUGGCUUGGUGAUGACUGACAAUGAAGAUGUCAGUGGAGCCUUUGUGACUCUGAGGGUUUUCAGGGUGUUCCGGAUUUUCAAAUUCUCCCGACACUCCCAAGGCUUACGAAUCUUGGGCUACACUCUGAAGAGCUGUGCUUCUGAGCUUGGUUUUCUUCUCUUUUCUCUCACCAUGGCAAUCAUCAUCUUUGCUACUGUGAUGUUUUAUGCAGAGAAAGGAUCUUCUUCCAGCAAGUUCACCAGCAUCCCAGCUUCAUUUUGGUACACUAUUGUAACCAUGACAACCCUUGGUUAUGGAGAUAUGGUACCAAAGACGAUUGCUGGUAAGAUAUUUGGCUCCAUUUGUUCACUGAGUGGUGUGCUUGUCAUUGCACUUCCUGUUCCAGUUAUUGUUUCCAACUUCAGUCGGAUUUACCAUCAGAAUCAAAGAGCUGACAAACGACGAGCACAGAAGAAAGCCCGGCUGGCCAGGAUUCAUGUGGCUAAGACAGGCAGUUCCAACGCCUACCUUCACAGUAAGCGCAAUGGCCUCCUUAAUGAAGCACUGGAGUUGACGGGGUCUAUGGAUGAUGAGCACAACAUCAGGAAAACUACUUCUCUCAUUGAAAGUCAGCACCACCACCUGCUGCAUUGCCUGGAGAAAACAACUGGAUUGUCCUAUCUUGUGGAUGAUCCCCUGUUAUCUGUACGAACUUCCACCUUCAAGAAUCAUGAAUUCAUUGAUGAGCAGUUAUUUGAGCAAAAUUGCCUGGAGAACUAUCCAUCCACUCGCAGCCCCUCCCUCUCGAGUCACCAUGGCUUGACCACCUCCUGCUGUUCCCGACGCAGCAAGAAGACAACGCACCUCCCCAAUUCUAGCGUGCCAGCAACCCGGCUGAGGAGCAUGCAGGAGCUCAGCACCAUACACAUACAGUGCAGUGAACAGCCGUCACUUACAACAAGUCGCUCCAGCUUAAAUAUGAAAUCAGAUGAUGGACUGAGACCGAACUGCAAAGCCUCCCAAAUAACAACAGCAAUCAUCAGCAUCCCAACACCCCCGGCGCUGACACCAGAAGGCGAAAGCCGGCCUCCUCCAUCCAAUCCUGUCCACUCUACGAACAUUGUUAGCAGCAACAUUGUCAAGGUCUCGGCUUUGUAAGGUUGUGUUGGUCAAAGGAGGUGGCUUGGAAGAAGGCCAACAUUCCUUUCUCUCUCCCUGCCUCCAUGUUCCUUCUUUGCUGCAUAUUGUGCCUAGAUGGAUGGCUGGAUGGACUGCUAGACCAACCUGACCAACAUCUAAGAAUUAACAGAGGGAGCCCUCAUGAGGCAGCUUCCCUUAAACUCAUGAUCAUGCUGCAGAUUGAGCUCAGAAGAAAUAGGAAGCUGGGGGCGUGUGUGGAGGGAUGAUGGAAGGAACUCUCUUAGUUCAUAAACAAACUUUGUUCCAGGAUAUGGGGCAUAGAACAGUUUCCAGAAAGUGGAAGAGAAGUCCUGUCAUAGCUACAAGGAAGUCAAUAAAGAAGCAGAAUUAUAACACUGUGUAUCUCAGCACCUUUUAAUAGGUUUUUAAUGGAUAAUAUUUAUUCAUGAGGAAAUGACUGAAAAAAAAGGUGAUAAAAUGGAUUUUGUGAUAUUUUUUCCUUCAUGCAGCAGGAUCCUUAAUCAACCAAAACUACUUUUUUUUUCUUUUAUAGCUGAAGGUUUUAGACAAAAGCCACCUUGUCACCAGGAAUUUAAUUUCCGUUCUUUUGUGCGUGUGUGCGUGCGUGAGAGAGAGCGAUAUAAUCACAAACUGGCACAAAAGCUCUGAGCACACCUUCCUGUUUCUGGGCUCAACCCUGCAAAGACUUACUGUUUGCAUGGUCCACACAUGCUUCAAGUAAUGCCUGUAGAACCAAUGGUUCUGCUCACUGUACAUCUGUUUCUGCAUGAGUGUGUCUUUGCAGGCUUCAGCCUUUUUAGUGGACAGUAGCAAAACACACAUCUGCAUGCAAUCUCACACACAUACACACACACACAAGCACCAAUAAAAACUUUCAUUGUGGAUGGCAUUUUUUUUUCUUAAGAUAGUUUUUUGUAAUUGCCUUUAAUUCAACACAAAUUGCAGUUGCAAACAGUGUAUUUGUCUGCUAAUUAUUGUCUGUGGAAAAAAAUAUUUGUGGGGGGAGAAGACAGGCGUUGGUAGUCAGCCACAAUUUUUUGCUUUUUUAAAAAUAAAUUAUUUUGUUAUCACAAGCUCGUAAAGAGUGUAACUAGAUGAACUAGUUCUAUACUUUUAAAAGUCUAAAAAAAAGUGAGCUUAGAGGAAUUAUAAAUUUUUUUAUCCUGUACACACAAGUUUCAAAGAGGAAAAAAACCAUACAAAGCAACUGUGCCAGAUGUUCAUAAAUGGUAAUCUAGAUCCAUACUUUCUUUUUUUCUGUUUUAUAUGUGUUUCUUUUAUAGUAAUUGAAGUGUCUGCCAUUGUAUAUAGUAGCCAGGUAGUCAAUGGAUCUGUCUUUGGUAGGAUUACUUCAGGAGCCAACUGUUUUGCAUGGACUGACAGUGUGUCUCAUUUUGUAAUACAGUCCUGUGGCUCUUAGUGACAGUAAGUGACUGGGUUGCAUCGACUUAAUGGAUAAAGCAAUUUAAUAAUAUUGGACUUUCCCUUCUUAAAGCAUUGUUUCCUGUCGAAGAGGAGGAUUGCUUCUAGAUUUUUGAGGUCUACUUUAUAUUAGAGUACCAUUUCUAAUCAAUUUAUAAAACACUGUUAAUAGAUGGUUUAAAUAAUAUGUAUGUUUCAAAAUAGCUCACCAGUUGUUAAAUACUGUAUUGUUAUCCUGUUUUAGAAAGUUAGGACUGUGAGUUAUAACCAUCUAUAAGGUUUUAUACCAACAUUCUCCUGACAGACCUCCCUUAGGUGCCAGACUUUGGGACCUCCAUCCAUGUCAACGAGAUUUAUGCUAAUACACAGCUCUGUGGAUUGUGUCCUUUGUCUGUCCUAAAAUUUGCACAGUUUUUUAAUCUCUUUGAUCUCAUUUGCCUUUUGAUGUAUUUUGUGUCCCUUUUUCAAACGUGUUUUCUGUUGCCCAUACCAUAUUGUCUUUUGCAGAUUUGCUUUUCCUUUCUGAGUUUAAUUCAGAAUAUUUUAAGUGGCCAUUGUGUUGCUGUUUUAAAAGGAGAGAGGCUUCAUAAACCAGACCCAGACAUUGAUAAAAUAUUCUGCUCCAAUGGGGAAAAUUAUUCUAGGAUUUAUUCAGGCAUCUCUUAUUUAAACUUUUCAGGCAUUGAAAAAAUAGUUCUAAGAAGCCAAGAAAGAGAGAGAGAAAAGAAA